AUGGCUGAGAAUUGUUACCUCAAACGCUUUGAAGAAAAAACUGACGAUCACGAAUGGUCUUUCGGCGAUUUCUACCGCAUUGUGGCUGAAGCUGUCGAAGAAAUCAAUAGAAGACUCGGUGGUACGCAAAUUAAGGUGCCAAGUGUUGAUAAAUUACAAGAAGCCUAUGAGAGACACAAUCUUGGAGAUGGGAAGAAGAUAUCAAAGGAAGAGUUUCAAAAGCUUCUUCAGGAGGUUUUGAUCGGAGCUGGGUUUACCGGUGUCGGAGGAGUAAAAGAGUUUCUACUCUUCAUCUUCGGAGUUCCUGCCUUCGCCGUCUUCCUCAAGAACCGUAUAGCUCCGGCUUCCAUUCCCAACGACUUGUUCAUCCCCGCUGUUACUUCCGCCACCGUCUUCGUCCUCGCCAAGCUCAACAAGAUAUGA